AGUAAAAAACAAAGUUGCUGCCUUUUUUAAUGUUUAGCUGUGAAUGGUGAUCCACUGAACCCUUCAACAGUUCAACUAAUCAAAUUGAUUUUGCAGAAAGGCUACAAUCAUUCCAAAGAUCAAGGUCAAAACUCAGAAGGUGGUUCAAUUGGCAAAGAUUAUACAAAAAUAAAAUGGCAAAGAUUGAGAAGCCAAACAUGCUUACUCGCUUGAAAAACAAAAUGACUCAUAAGGGAAGGGACAAAUACAUGAUUUUCAGUGGAAACGAAGAAAAUUUUGUUAGGAAUGGAGCAUGGUUACUUGAAGAAAGCAUUGCCUUGUUUCAUGGUAAGGCGAAUCCUGUUCGCCAUCUCUCAGUUGAUGAUCUCAACAACAUGAAUGUGGAACGACUUUCAUGUUAUAGUGAGGGUAACUUGUACCAAGGAUCUUGGGAAGGAAGAGUUGUCUUGGUAAAAAAGCAUCAAUGUCGUUAUGAUUGUGCUGAACGCAUUUUGCGUGAAAUUGUGGUAGCCACACAAAUGGCUACUCAUAACAAUGCCCAUAAAAUAUUAGGAUGUUGCCUUGAGACUGAUCUCCCUGUUUUUGUUUAUGAGUGGAUGCCCAAUACUCUUCAAGAUCGUAUAUGUCCUAAUUAUGCGAAUCAAAGCAAAGCAGUAUUAGAGUGGAAGGAUAGGCUAAGGAUUGCGUGGGAGAUAUCUCAUGUUGCUGCCUACCUCCAUACUGCUUUUCCAAGGCCCAUCAUUCACAGGGACUUGAAACCUCAUAAUGUGUUCUUGAACCAAGACAAUGCUGUCAAAUUAGGAGACUUCAGUUUUUGUGUAUCUAUUCCUGAAGGUGAAGAAUUUAUUAAAGUUGAUAAAAUACUAGGGACUUUUGGCUACUUAGCACCUGAACAUUCUAUGAAGUGUAAAGUAGCAAAGAGUACGGAUGUGUUUUCGUUUGGUAUGCUCUUUCUUGUGCUCUUGACAGGAAAGAGGCCUUAUUUUUUCUCUCGAACAGAAGAGGAAGAACUUGAUAUUAUUUCUUGGGUACGGAAUGGCGUAAAAAACAAUCAUGUCAACAAGAUUGUAGAUCCUACAAUUACUAGAAACGGGGUGACAAGUAUUGAGGACCUCCAACUGAGAGCAUCUGCACAGCUUGCAAUCAGGUGUCUCUCAGAAGAAGAAGACUGCAGGCCAACAAUGGUGGAGGUUGCAACUGAGCUUAAGAACAUGAUUAGAUCCCUUGAGGUAUGACAUAUUCAGCUUUAAACGUAAUUUUACAAUUCUAAAGAUUUCAUUUCUUGCUAAUACAUAUGCUUAGGUCACGCACUCACGCUGCAUUGUGUUUGAUUCAUGUGUUAUCCUGAAUCUGAAUCAUGUCUCAAAAUUUAUUAUUUUACCCGAAUUAGUUCUUUUUUUAUUCCAUACUUGCAAAAACUCUUCUAGACGAUUAAAGGCUUGAGAAAAGUUUCUGCUCUAUCCAUUGUUAAAGGCAUGUUCUAAUUACAAUGUUAAUUAUUCUCUAUCUAUGACUUUAUCCUCUCUUUGAUAAUUAUAAGGUAUCAGGCUAUUUAUGUUUUUGCCUCAUUCUUAAAGUGAUUUUGGAUAUAAUGAAUUUAUUAGUUAAAAUCAGGGACUAAAAAAAAGGGGUUGUUAAACGUCGCUCCCAUUUUACUGGGCACCGCUCACAUUUUUUGCUUGUCCGUAUUUACCCUCGUAUAUAAAUACUCAUGGCACUCACUCACGACACUCACAACACUCAUUUCUGAAAUCAUAUUUCACUCUCAUAUUAUCUCUCUAAAAUUUUUAAAAAAAAUUAGUAAACACUGAAAAUCAAAAAAAAAAACCACAAAAAAAUACAAACCUCCACAACCCACCACCGACAGCCACCAAUCCAAGGAAGGGAGGAGAAAUUCGGCGAUGGCAGACCAGCGGCGAAUCCGGGUGACGUACGGUUGUCGAGGCGGCAGCAGUGGAGGCGAGCAAGUAUGGGGUUAAAUCGAAAAAAAAAAGUGAACUACUAAACAUCGCCCGCAAAUACAUAAAGCCCACAAAUUAGAAGUGAAAUGACACUUUUGCCCUCAAAGUAAAAAAAUACACUAUCAUCUUCUCUCUACUCUCUACUCUCUACUCUCAUUUUCUACUUUUGCCUUCAAAGUAAAAAACACACUCUCAUCUUCUCUCUACUCUCUACUCUAAUUUUCUCUCUCUUAAAUUUUUUUUGAAAAUGUCGAGGCGGCAAGGCAAGGAAGUGGCGAGAGGAAGCCGGUUUCGCGGUGGAAAUGUAUUUUUAAACUUAAAAAAAAUAUAUAAAUAAAACCGGCGGUUGGUGGCGGAGCACAGUGGCGGCGCCUUACCCA